AAAUUAAUAAAAUAUCAUAAAAAUUAUCGAUAUAAAAUAGACAACAACGAAACCGGCUGAUUUUGACACAUCAAACACAGAGUUGUUUGUACGAUCGAUAUUUAAAUUGGCAAUGGAAUUAUACAUAGAUACUGCCGAAGUUGAAAGUAAACAAAAUUGAAAUUAGUAAAUAGUGUAAUAAUGGCUGAAAGUGCAAAUAUUCGACAGAAUUUACAAAAUGUGCCAUCGAUUUUUGAAAUCACAGCUGCUGAAACUUUAGAUAAUCUAAUCUAUCCUGCUCUAACUAAAGUGUUUGAUUACUUUGGUCUACGUUUGGACUUUAAGCUUUGGGGCAAGUUUCAAAUACGCGAGGAAAUAUCACCAAUAAUUUCUUGGAUGCUGCAAUAUAUGUACUUACGCAAUCGUGGCUCCUCUUUCGGCGAAAGUUUCUAUGGAUUGCAACGCACUGCAACCGCAACUGGAGAUCCGCUCACUAGACCACAACAAGUUGCGUCAGCAACCAUACUGACACUCUUGCCAUUUUUUGAGCGAAAAUUAAAAACUCGUGCACAACAUGAAGAUAUAUCUAAAUUUGAAAAAUACCUAUUAAAUUGCUUACAUUUUUAUACAGCAGCAAAAGCAGUAAACACAUUCCUCUAUUUAAUUAAAUAUUCAUCCAGUCACUCACCAAUAUUCCGGUUUUUAAAGUUGACAUUAAGAUAUCCAUUAGAUUUACCUAAGGAGGAUAAAGCUACAGAUCUAUUCCUAAAACUGCUUGAAGUAUUGGCAUUUUUCUUACAGUUUGUACAAUGGUGGUAUUCAAAUGAUCAAAGACGAAAAAUUGGUGGUUCUUUAAAAAAUCCGCCUGCACUAAACAAUCAGUCGUAUCAGAAAGGAACCGAUACGAUACCAACAGGUACUUGUCCUAUUUGUUUAAUGAAAUUGGAAACACCAACAGCGUGUGGAGUAUCUGGAUUUGUAUACUGUUGGAAAUGUAUUGUUUUGCACUUAAAAACGAAUUCAACAUGCCCAGUAUCUGGAUAUGCUAUUGCAUUGGACGAUUUAGUCAGAAUUUAUGAAAUAUAGCACAACGUGAAAAAUGGAUGUAAAGCGCUUAAAAUGAACUUUCUGUUAUAUAGUUAAUACAAAGCUUCAAAACUAGUAUAAUUUGGUCCAAUGCUAUAAAUAUUAGAUUUAUACAUCACAUGCUGUUCUAAUUUGGCAAUACAACGCAAUAUCAGCAAAUAUUUUAGUACAGAACAAAAUUUAAUAAAAUUAAUGUGGUUGAACAUAACAUUUUUUAUUAAAAUUAAUUAUAUUUAUAUUUACUAAGUAGGUUUUAUAAGUAGGACUUCAAAUUUAUAUACACGGAUAUGUGAUCUUAAAGAUAUAACUUUACAAUAGUAUUAAACAUUUACAAUACUUUGAUAUGUUAAAAUAAAUUUGCUUAUAAAAUACUUGGAUAUCAAUGAAUAGAAUUUUCUACAUUUAAACUUUAUGUUUGUUUAUAAAAAAAUAAAAACUUAUUAAAACUUAUUUUUAUAACAAGAAUUGUGCAAUUUAAUUACAUUU